AUGCCUCGUGUGCGUCCCAACGCCGGCCAGUCCGCUGCGUCUCUGGCUUCCACACACGGCUCACCGUCCAAAGGUGUUCCCAUCCCGCUAAACGAUGACAGGCAGGAGAAGGCCAAGCGACUGCAGUCCCGACAGGCCCUCCACUCGCGCCAGAUGAGCCAGAUCAAAGCCGCCGCUGCCGGCACUCCGCAGCGAAAACGAAGGUCCAUGGGCGCCGGCGAGGAUGGUCCUUCGACGCCUGCUCACGACGAUGACGGCUUCGGUGUGAGAGGCGACCACGUCACGCCCAUGAAGCGUGUCCCAAUCCUCGCAAACUUCGAGGAGUGGAUGAAGAUGGCGACAGAUAACAAGAUCAAUGCGACCAAUAGCUGGAACUUCGCGCUGAUUGAUUACUUCCACGACAUGAGUCUGCUCAAGGAAGGCGACAGCGUCAACUUUCAGAAAGCCAGCUGUACAUUAGACGGAUGUGUCAAGAUCUACACCAGCAGAGUCGACAGCGUUGCAACUGAAACGGGAAAGCUACUGAGUGGCCUGGCUGACAGCGGAAACAAGAAGCGAAAGGGCGGGGAUGCUGAGGGCGAGGCGGGUGAAGACGGUGAAGAGGAUGAGGACAGAGAAGAUGGCGCAAAGAAGAAGGGUAGAAAGAAGGCACAAAGAUCUGCUGAAGCGACACUCGUGACAUCGUUCGAUCAUCUGCGCUUGAAGAAGAUGGAGCUGGAGUUCUCAGUUGACCCGCUGUUCAAGAAGGCAUCUGCCGAUUUCGACGAAGGUGGCGCCAAGGGUCUACUGCUCAACCACCUAUCAAUCGACAGCAGCGGGCGAAUCGUGUUCGACAGCAGUGACGACGUUCAAGACGAAGAGAACGACGAUUCCAGACGCGACAGUAUGGAGCCUGAAGAGCUGGAAGAGAAAGGGAAAGACCCGGAGAACAUUCCAGAGGAUGGUCCUGUUGACGUUGCCGCACUUGGCGCGCGCUUCUUUCCCGAUCUCAGCAGAUUGGACGAUGAAGACAUUUGUCCCACCCUGAAGACGUUUGAACUUGGCAAUGGAGAUGCCUCGUUAGAUCUGCCGUUCCUGAAAGCUCCGGAGAACUGGCGCGAUGAGCACGCCGAAGUUGACCGUGACGAAGAGAGGGACGAGAACGAGCAGACAGCGCCCUUCGGCAUGGACGACGACGAUGGAGGCGCAGGCGGCUUCGAUCUUGGGCCAGAAGUUGGCUUUGGUGAAGGAGGCGAAGCGUGGGCUCGCGAUGCCGCUCUGCAGCCUCAGAUGCGCGUUUACGAUGCUUCAGCUGGUGCAGACCCGAUAGACGAUGCCGGAGGUGAGGUAGGCGUCUUUGACACCAAUUCCAACUCUUACGGAGUCACGCUACAGCACAGACCGGACCACGACCAGGAAAAUAUCCUCAACUAUUUUGACAACGCACUGCAGAAAAACUGGGCGGGACCGGAACACUGGAAGAUCGCGCGCAUAAAAGAAGCGAACAAAGAGGGCCCGAAAAGAACGCGGAAAGAGAAGGAACCAUUCGAGAUCGAUUUCGCAGCGCCAAUGACGCAGGAGUUGGCAAAUCUGCUAUACACCAAUGCACCAAGCAAUAGCAGCAUUUGCAUGCCCAAGAAAGAGUGGAAGAGCAGGUCACGCAAUCUGCUUCCGGACGACAAGCACUUCAACUCAAAAGAUUUGCUGAAGUUGUUCUUGAAGCCGAAAGCCAAACUAGGAGCGCGAAAGUCUGGUGCUUCUGGCAGACAACAAGGCCUCCUGCCCAACGGCGAAGUAGACGAGGCGUACUGGGCUUCACACAAUGGCGUUGCUUCCCAACCACAUCCCUUGGACGAUGACGCUGUCCAAGGUGACUACGACGCAAAUUUCUUCCAGGACGACGGCUUGCCCAUGGCUGGAGGCGCCAUGGACGAAGAUGACGACGAAUUCGCGGACGCCCGCGAAGCACUUUCUCCAGGCAUCGACGAGGUUGACGCUGCCGUGGGAUCCACUGGAGCCGGCAUCGAUAGUGUUGCUGGGCCUCAAGAGCCGGGUAACGAGGCAUUUGGCGCAAAUCUUGUCGCCCAAUCCCGCAGGAUGAGACCAGAGUAUGUGCAGUAUGCUCGCGUGGCUAAGAAAGUCGAUGUCAGAAGAUUGAAAGAGGAGAUGUGGCGAGGUAUCGGAUUCGAGAGCAGGUUAGUUCUGUCCUGGUGCCACGCAGAACUUGCAACCAUACUGACACCCUCUACAGGUCCGACACAGAAGUAUGCACUGCACGACCACAGAUUCCAUCCUUGUCUGUCGACGACAAGGAAACGCUGAAGUUCACCGACAUCAUGAACAACCUGCAACACGUUUACCCCAGGCAGCAAAUGUCCGACAUCAGCACUUCCUACGGCUUCAUCUGCUUAUUGCAUUUGGCGAACGAGAAGGGCCUCGUAAUCGAGAAUGUGGACGAUUGGACAGAUUUGACUGUGCGCAAAGAUUUUGAUGCGCUGGUUCUUGAGGGCGGUGAUUGA